AUGGAGCAGGGCGAUGGGGCGGACGAUGCCGGCACUGGGGGGACUGGUGGCACAGCCCCCACUGAAGCAGAGGGCAGCACAGCUCCCCAGGCUGCCCAGCCCCAAGGGGGGACAGCGCCGGCUGCCAGCGCAGAUGAGCCUGGGCAGGAGAAGGCUGAAGUUGAUGCUGGAGGAGGGAAGGCAGAGCCAGCGCGGGAGACAGCCCCGGCUGUUCCAGAGCCUCGGGAGGGACAGCAAGCAGUGCCGGCAGAGGAGGAUUCAGCUGUGCAGCACAGUGGACGACAGGAAUCAUCUGAUGGAGGGCAGGCAGCAUCCGUGGGAGAGAAGAUGCCAACUGGGACCCAGGGUGUAGAGAAGGAUGGGAAGGAUGAGCCUGGGAAGAAGAAAGCUCCAGCUGCAGGAGACCUUAAAGGAGGGAAGGCAGCACCCAUGGAGGAGAAGGCUCCAGCUGCUGCCAAGGCUCAGGACAGGAAGAAGGAUGAGCCUAGGAAGAAGGGUCCAGCUGCUGUCAAGGCUCAGGACAGGGGUAAGGAUGAGCCUGGGAAGAAGAAAGCUCCAGCUGCAGGAGAGCUCAAAGGAGGAAAGGCUCCAGCUGCUGCUGAGGCUCAGGAUGGAGGCAAGGAUGAGCCCAGGGAGGAGAAGGCUCCGCCUGCAGGACAAUCUGAAGGAGAGAAGGUAGUGCCCAUGGAGGGGAAGGGCCUGACUGUAACUGAAGCUCAGGAUGGAGGAAAGGAUGAGCCCAGGAAGGAGCAAGCUCCUGGUGAGUCAGGGGCUGAUGGUGGUGGGAAAUCAGAGCCCAUGGAGAAGGCACUUCCAGUUGCAGCAGAGUCUGAAGGAGGGAAGGCAAAACUCAUGGAGGAAACAGCCUUGGCUGCAACUCAGGCUCAGGAUGGAGGCAAAGAAGAGCCUGCAAAGGAGAAAACCACAGUGAUUGUAAAGGACAAGGUUCCGGCCACUACUAAUGCUCUGGAUGCAGGGAAGCAAACUGCAAAUGCAGAGCAAGCCCCAGUUGAAAACAAAUCUGCAAAGGAGAAAGCCCCAACUGCUGCAAAGGCUCAGGGUGGGGCGAACAAAGUGGUAAAGACAGAAAAAGCCCCAGCAGCAAAAAAAGCUCCAAAUGCAGCCAAAGAGGAGCCUGCAAAGGAGAAGGCCAUAAUUCCUGCAAAGGAGAAGGCCCCAGAUGCUGCUAAGGCUCAGGAUGGAGAGAAGGUGGCAGCAAAGGCAGAGAAAACCCCAGUUGCAAAAGUGGCUCAAGGUGGAGGCAAAAAAGAGCCUGCAAAGGAGAAAGCUCCAUCAACUGUGAAGAUGCAGGAUGGAGGGAAGAAAACUGCAAAUGUGGAAAAAUCCACAGUUGCAUCAAAGGCUGGGGAUGGAGGAAAAGAUCCUGCAAAGGAGAAGAUCCCGGCAGCUGCAAAGGCUCAGGGGGAAGGGAAGGAAGUACCAAAGGAGGCAGAAGGACAGCCACCGAGGGUCCCCGAGCCCCCACGCCCAGUUCUGCUGCAGAGCCUGAGCUGCCCAGCCAUCUGCCACAGGGAGGACCAGCCACGGGCAGACGUAGCAGAGAUGGAGAUGAUACCAGAGGAGACCAUGGUGGCUGAGCCAAGAGCAGGUCCAACUGCCCCAUCCGCCCUGGGGGACCUGCAGCCCUCGGAGCUCCCUGGCACCCCACAGGAGAGGACAUUGCCCAGUGCUACAGGGCAACCCCCAGAUCCUGCUGGGGUCAAGGAGCAGCCUGGGGGGCAACCAUCCUUGAAAGAGGAAAAGCCACCCCCCAGCCCCUACCUCACCUCUGAUUUUGGGAAGGAAGACCCUUUUGAGAUACUGGAUGACAUCCCUCCACCUCCAGCACCCUUCCCGCACCGCACCGUCACACUGCACUCUGCCAGCGUCAGCUCCCUGUUCAGCCUCAACUCCAAGGACAUCCUCGGAGGGGGCAAGUUCGGUGAAGUCCACACAUGCACUGAGAAGCAGACAGGGCUCAAGCUGGCAGCCAAAGUAAUCCGGAAACAGGGAGCCAAGGACAAGGAGAUGGUGCUGCUGGAGAUCGAUGUGAUGAACCAGCUGAACCACCAUAACCUCAUCCAGCUCUAUGAUGCCAUUGAGACGUCCCGGGAGAUCAUCCUCUUCAUGGAGUUUGUGGAGGGUGGUGAGCUCUUUGAGCGGAUCAUCGAUGAUGACUACCACCUGAGGGAGGUGGACUGCAUGGUGUUCGUCCGGCAGAUCUGCGAGGGCAUCCGCUUCAUGCACCACAUGUGUGUCCUCCACCUCGACCUCAAGCCUGAGAACAUCCUGUGUGUUGCUGCCACUGGGCAUAUGGUGAAGAUCAUUGACUUUGGGCUGGCUCGAAGGUACAACCCCAACGAGAAGCUGAAGGUGAACUUUGGCACACCCGAAUUCCUCUCCCCUGAGGUGGUCAACUACGAGCAGGUUUCCUACUCCACAGACAUGUGGAGCAUGGGCGUCAUCACCUACAUGCUGCUAAGCGGCCUCUCCCCGUUCUUGGGUGAUGAUGACACCGAGACACUCAACAAUGUCCUCGCUGCCAACUGGUAUUUCGAUGAGGAGACCUUUGAGAGUAUCUCCGAUGAGGCCAAGGACUUUGUCUCAAACCUCAUCAUCAAGGAUAAGAGUGCCCGGAUGAGUGCUGACCAGUGCCUGCAGCAUCCCUGGCUCAACAAUCUGGCAGAAAAGGCCAAACGCUCCAACCUGCGCCUGAAGUCACAGGUGCUGCUCAAGAAAUAUGUCAUGCGGCGCCGCUGGAAGAAAAACUUCAUUGGAGUGUGUGCUGCCAACCGCUUCAGGAAGAUCACCAGCUCAGGGUCCCUGACAGCGCUGGGUGUCUGA